AAGUUAUAGUUCAAUCCCCUUAAAAUCCCCUCAAACAAUAGCUGAAAUUGUGCCUUUAUUGAAAACUGAAGGAAAGAACACCGCCACUUACAAAAGCAGUUCCCCUGGAGCCAUUUUCCACAUAAGAAUCAACUAUGCGGUUGGCACCAAUGCGAUUGUAUACGCUGUCCAAACGGCACUUUGUCCUGGUCUUUGUUGUAUUCUUCAUUUGUUUUGGUUUGACGGUCUUCAUAGGAAUUGCAGGUCCUAAUGUAAUUGAGUCCAGUGCAGUAAUAGCUAAAGUGAAUAACAAUUUAAAGAUGAGGCCAUUUAAAUUAAAGUCAAACCCGUUGUCUACUUAUAAUCAGCAGCUGUGGCUAACAUGUAUGGUUCAGCUGGAUCAGCCUGAUGUUACAGAAUCCAGCUUCAAACUAAAUGUUACUAUGACUGUGAAAUUACGUGGUGUAGAAGAAAAUGGAAGCUCAUCAUUCAUUAAUAAUCAAGUUCACAAUCGGAUGAGAACACUAAGCUGUGCGCAAAAAUGUGCUGAAAUCAUUGUAGUUCACCUUGGCUACCUGAACUACACUCAGUAUGAAGUCAUUGUUGAUUUUGAGGGUCUGAAUAAGCUGCCGUUCCCCAUCAAGAAUGUGAAUUUCACAUGGAAAACCUACAACCCAUCUUUCUCACAAGUGGAAAUCUGGUUCCGGUUUGUCUUUGUAGUUCUUACUUUCCUGGUCACUUGUCUGUUUGCACAUUCCCUUCGAAAAUUCUCCAUGAGGGACUGGGGAAUUGAACAGAAAUGGAUGUCCAUCCUCCUUCCUCUGUUGCUGCUUUACAAUGAUCCAUUUUUCCCCCUCUCAUUUUUGGUGAACAGUUGGUUUCCUGGAAUGCUCGAUGACCUCUUUCAGUCAGUGUUUCUGUGUGCAUUGCUGCUGUUCUGGCUCUGUGUCUACCAUGGGAUACGAGUGCAGGGAGAAAGAAAAUGCUUAACUUUCUAUUUUCCCAAAUUCUUUAUCGUUGGGCUUCUGUGGUUGUCCUGUGUUACAUUAGGAAUAUGGCAAACUGUUAAUGAACUACAUGAUCCAACAUACCAGUACAGAGUUGACACAGGUAAUUUUCAGGGAAUGAAAAUCUUCUUCCUUAUGGUGGCAACAGUGUAUAUCUUGUACCUUUUGUUCCUGAUAGUGAGGGCGUGUUCAGAACUUCGUAACAUGCCUUAUGUUGAUCUCAGGUUAAAAUUCUUGACUGCAUUGACCUUUGUAGUGCUUGUCAUUAGCAUUGUUAUACUUUAUCUACGCUUUGGAUCACAAGUUCUACAGGACAACUUUGUAGCUGAGCUGUCAACUCAUUAUCAAAAUUCAGCAGAAUUCUUAUCAUUCUAUGGUUUAUUGAACUUUUAUCUCUACACUUUAGCCUUUGUGUAUUCCCCAUCAAAGAACGCACUGUAUGAGUCACAGUUGAAAGACAAUCCUGCUUUUUCUAUGCUGAAUGAUUCAGAUGAUGAUGUGAUAUAUGGGAGUGACUAUGAAGAAAUGCCACUUCAGAAUGGUCAAGCCAUUAGAGCCAAGUACAAGGAAGAAUCAGACAGUGAUUGAGUUCCUGUGGAGGAGACUUGCUUAGGAGAAUGCAAGUGAUCUUGAGCUUUUUACUAGAUGACCUCUUUCUUGGCUUUCUUAUGAGUCUGCUUUCAACUGAACACUUAUCUGCCAACGAAGGACUUCCUGUUUAUUUCUGUUUACAUAGUUAAAACAAAACUGAAGGAAAAAUGGAAAUGCUUGAAAAGGUUGUAGUGGAGGCUUCUAAAAAACCAAAUCCUGUCUUUACACUAGAAAAUGUCAUACACCAGAUUUCUGUGUUGAACAGAUUGUUUUAACAAUGAGGUGUUCCGAGUCUGGUUCCAGUUAAGAGCAUCAUGGAGUAUAUGGCGAUUUAAAAUGCUUCCUUGCUGUUAGUUUUUAGAGGAUUAUGUAUGGUACAUCACCUUCACUCCUGAUACAGUUCGCAUUAGCUAUUGUGUACAUUGGUGUUAAAGUGCCUCUCUUACUACUUCCCUUCCUCACCCUAUCCACCUCAGUUGAAGGUACAAAAUUGCAAGUAUUUCCUUUGAUUUCUGAGAAACCACAAGGUUUUUAUUGCUCCUGCUUAAAGGGGACAGCAUUCACAGUUCAGUGGUUAAUAAUGUAAUUGACUCAGACACCUUGAGUUCAUAAAACAGAAGUUUGCCAAAUAUGAAUGUGAGAGAGGUACAAAUAUUCAAGUUCUGUAGAAGCCAAAAUUUAUAAACCGAAUAAUAUAAUCAAUAGUGCAAAAUAAUUUGCAAGGGUUUUUCUUAUAAUUAAUAAAACAAAAUAAGACUAAGUUAAAAUAUCUAGAUUAAAAUAUUUAAACCGUUGUAAACCUUGGUGGGAAACCCUUUACUUUCCUGUGUAUUGGGGAGGAGAGAGAAGAUUGUUACAUUUCCUACAAAGAGUAUAAUAUACAACUUAAUAUUUUUUAACAAAAACAUUCUUUUAAUUGCGAGAUUCUUUUUCCUAAGUUAGGAUUUUUCAUGCAGUCUCCUCAUAGCUGUUAAACAUAAGUUAAUAUAAGAACAAUCACUUUUGAUAUGUUGAAUAAAUAUGCAAAAGUGUGUUCCUCAGCAUGUUUUGUAAAUAGCUUAAUCUCCUCAUCUUCAGACACACCUAAAUAGCUAUAAUUAAAAUGCCUGCUAUUUACAAGUAUCUUUUGGAUUGUCCCUUUUCAGGCUAUGCUAUAACAAUGUGCUAAAGAACUUCCAAAUAUUUACUGGAAUAUUGCUCAUCAUAUUUAAAUGUGUGCAUUUCAAUUCCCCUACCAUAGUAUAGGUGGUGUUUUUACAGGGAGACUCUCGAUUUCUAUUAACUUUUUUAAAAGCUUAAUAUUUUCAGGUAUGCCACUGUGAAUAGAGUUCCAGGGGAGUCAGCUGUUGUCACUGAAUUCAGCUGAACUGCAAAGAAUGAGCCAGCUGCUCCCCAAAGCUGGUGAGUUCUAAUACUUAGAUUUAACAAGCUAGCACAAAACAGCCUGUGUGAUGUCUUACUGAUUACCCAGAAGCAAGCAACACAGUUCUCUUAAAGAGACAUACAGACAAUGACAUUAUUUCACCCAAAUUUAAUUUAAAUGUUAAUAUUCCCCUUUGUGUCCUAAUCAACAGCUAUAGUAAUAGCCAUGUAAAUAGACAGUUCUUGUCUAACAAACAUCUAACAAUAUAUAUAAAAUAAGUAAACACACACAAUUAAACUAGAACUUUGAAAUGCAAAUCUACUUGAAUGGCCCUAAUCUCUUUCUAUAAAAAAAAAAAAGUCCUGUGGGACAACAGUGAUGUCAUCACGUCACGCUGCAUUCCUCCACCCCAUCUGCCCUGCUCCCUCCCCUUACUUCCUUUCGCUCUCAGGGUGGGCAGGAGCUGUGAGGCCUCCCCCCUCCGGUGCUGGAAGAUGUGAGUCGCAUGGCCUCUCCUUUACCUCCUCCCUAUUGCUCCGGGGGGGCGAGAGCCAUGAGGUCUCCUCUCUACCCCCCCGCCCCCCGUUGCUCUGGGGGAGCAGGAGCUGUGAGCCACGUGCCCUCCCUGCACCCCCAGCCCCGUCACUUAUCCCUUCCACUGAAACCCCACAGCCUCAGCCUGCUCCUGCUCUCUCCCCCCUGACCAGACACCCUUCCUGCAGUCUGCUCCUGCACCCUCUCCCCGGACAGAUACCUACCUCCAGAGAGAAGGGGGUUAAUGUGCAUAGUGAGCAGGGGCCGCAACCCCUUAUUUACAUACUUUUUUUUACAUGUCUACAAGCUGACUCUGCAUCCAUUAGUCUUCAGGAUGCUUAAACUUUCUGGCCAUGUAUCAUACUUGGCAUAAGAUUUGUGGCAAUUUUAUAACAGUAGUAGCAACAAUGGUUUUUAUGGUCAUAAGCUAAUCAGAUAACAUCACAGCCAUCUAUUCCUGAAUCUUUUGUGGGUUUUUCUGAGGUUUCAUAAUCACCAUUUUCUUAAUGUUUCUCUUCCCUGUUGCUGUAUGAAAUACCCACACAAACAUCAGGGGAAACUGACAGAAUAUAGAGAACAAACAGUGAUUUUGAUCUAUAUGCAAAGACCUAUCUAUACUAGGGAAUCAGCUGGUUUAAGCAUAAAAGUUCAGUGUGUCUACACUGACCAUGUUGAAUUGACAAAACUAGCAUUUAGUUCUGCUGAAAGCAAGUGGAAUACAGAAUAUGUUUAGCAUGGUUGUGUAAUCCAUUUUGUGGCUAUGAAAUUUAACAAAUGUACUAGGAAGUUGAAUUGCAUUGGGAACCAUUUCAGACUUGUCUUGCAGUCACAGUAGAGUGGUCCUAAACCACUUCAUCUGCAGUAACCUCUGGGGUCCUGUGAAAUUAUACCUACUAUAUAGUAAAUAUCUAGUGUAGACUAAAGCCAAGAGAAGGCCAAAGUACUUUCAUGUGCAGAAAGUAAAGAAAUAGAACACAGAGAGAUUUUCCCUUGGCAUAGUAGGUGUUACUUGUAACAAUAUGUGGAAAAAUUCACACAAGGUUCUUUGUAAAAUGCAGUAGUUGUUGCCUCUUUAACUCCUUUUAGCUAACAGACUCUUUUUCAUAUAAAUUUGUGAUUUAUAUUAUUUUUAAUCUAAAGGAAAGACUGGGUUCUCUUUUUCUUAAAUAAGAAAGCAAGAAUGAUUCAGGGCUUGCUUGUACUAUGACUUUGUACAAAGGCAAGCUCAGGAUCCAGUCACUGUCACUCCCUGUACACCCAAAAAAUCCAUUGACUUUCAUGGGAGCUGGAGAGAGGGGAAUGAGAGACAGUUUGUUUAUGUGGAUUUUUACUUUUGUGCAUUCAAAUCUAACACUAUUUUAUUCCAGUUAUAAAAGUCAUUUUUUGAUUUGCUAAAGUAUUUCUCCAUGGAAUAUUUGAAUUUUACUAAUGCUAUUUACUAUAAUCCAGGUUGCUUGUGAUAUAGAAUAUUAAAUCUGAAUGUAUGAAAUAUGUUUUAGGAUUCCAUUAAUUAAAGAAAGCUUUUUUUUUAAUGCAACUUUAAGAAAUCAUGAUAUUUAGAGUUUGAGAAAUGUUCCUAAGAUGUUCCUGUCCCUUUAUUUUUUAUUACAUUGCUCUUUAGAGGACUAAAAUGAGGUGUUAGAUGGGAAAAGUGCACUUUGGUUUUUAAAAUUAAUUAUCUUAGUUUAGAAAUAUCAGUAUCUUGUUAGAAAUCUCGUAUUGAACUGCCUCUUCUCAUGCACAGAGCCCUGUGCAGAUACAAAAUUUCUAUCUGCAUCCAGUGCACUAAAAUGAUUCAUGGAUGCACAUAUCCAUGGCUAUAAAGUGGAGAUCUGCAGGACUCUAGAUAUCAAAUUUGGAUCUGCAUAUGUCUACAAUCCACAAAAUAUUAUCCUCAGAUGUAGAUAUGUGGAUAUAAAGCAAUAUCUGCAGAUUUACAGGGCUCUCUACUCAUGCAUACUGUAUUUUGUACUAAAAAAAGGUACAGUGUAGAUUAGCAAGUUUGGCUAAAACAUUACAGCAUUAAAUUCACUGCUUGCCUAGUAAAUAGGUAGAAGUAGUAAAACUGGCUAGAUUAUAGUCUCUGGAGCAAGAGAUUAUGUAUUUCAUGCUUUGUGGUGAUCAAUAUUGAACAUUUCAUAAAGAUACAAUUUGGUACCUACGAUUACUCUGACAAAGUCUCAUGGCAAGAUGGAUAGUAAAUAUUUUGUGAGGGGUUGUAUUCUUGUGUUGCUAUGCAGUCUGUUGCUGUUAUGACCCAUGGAUUAAAUGAAAGGUGCCUACCUAAGAAAUUAA